CCCCUCUUUCCAAACGACUCAGGCAGAUCUUGUUCUCUUUAUUAUCCACAGCCUCGCCGUGCUUCGACUGAUACCGGUUCUGGGUACGAUUUCGACUGCGUCUAAGCCACUUCCUGACCGGUGACAUCGUCCCACGUGCAGCAUAGCAUCAUGAGGUUCUGGGACAAAGCAACGCGCAAGAUUAACGCGGCCAACGCGUUCAAUAGGGGUGGCUUUGAACGCCAACAGCAAUAUGACACUGAGACACGAAUUCCGCAGCCAAAUCAGCCGCCGCCUGUUCCGGCUCAACAGCCUAUCUCUCAGCCUGGCGGAGAAGCCAUGACCUAUUUCGCAGAACAUCCCUCUUCAGCCUUCCCUAACAGAUUCAACAAUUCGUCUAACCAUUACAAUGCUUUCACAACGACAUCAACGUUCGUUCCUCAUGCUCAAAACCCUGGCGCUACAGUGUUCUCAAAUCCGCCUCUGCAACCCUUCGCAUCCGGUAACACAACCGCGAUCAUAGAGCCUCAGCACACCGGUUAUUCAUUCCCAUCUUUUCAGGAAAGUCCUGGUACAAUGACACAUUCGCCACCUCAAGAUACUUCGACGUCGCCUCCUCAGAUGCCCUUCCCGCCGCGACGCAGUGUGACCGAAGACUACUACAAUGUGUCACCGAUUCCCGCACAACGUAGCCGGACUAUGCCUAAUCAGAGACCACAUCAUGACUGUUGCUCGAGCUCGAACUGGAAUGCGUAGUAUCCUAGGCCGAUGCUUGGUCUGCAAUCCGUAUUGAAACAGCUGAACAACGGUUCGUUAGCACAUGUAAUUUGCAAAUUGGAAACUUCAUGCGUCCAAAGUCACAUCCGAUCACCAUGUCUCGACGCGAACGUGUUUUUAUAACAACGGGUUCGAUCAAUGGCACAGACCCGAUCCUUCUUUUUUUUAUCAUGCCUGAUCUCCUUAUAUACCCUUCGCGAAUACAAGUACAUUAGAGACUAGCAUGGGCAGCUGCCAAGUCACUUAUUGCACC